CAUCCGGAAAUGUCCGAAGUAGAUAUCAUUUGUUUCGAACAAUCUCGAUUUCAUCCGAAUUUUUCCGACGCUUGAAGGGAUUCACCAUGCCCAUGCCCAGCAAGCUAGCUCGUUUGUACUCUCCGUCUCCAUGUUGGACUCAUCCUCUAUCUGUCACAAACACAAAUGGUGGGGGUAAGGGUACUGCGGUUGCUUGGCAACCGGCAACACUGCGGCUUGCGACGCCGUCGCGAAGCCCAGCGAAAACCAACGCAUAUAAUAGACCCGGCCGGUGGCGAAAUUUUUCAUCGGGCUGCAUCGGGCUCAACUGAAAGAGCAGGCGAGUAGACGAGCAGACGAGCAGACGAGCAGGCUUACUAACCAUAAGGACGUUCAGAACAGUUCAGAACCAAGUGGUCUCCCGUCUGGUACAGACGUCUCUUCUUGUUGAAAACCAACAAACGCACACACAGUUGAUACAAUUACGUUCGUUAAUCGUAUUAUAUUCCCUUGAUUGAAUUUUUCAUUCUGUUGAAGAAAAGAAAGAGAAAGGAAAAAAGCAAAAAGAAUAAGAAUAGGCAAGAGUGUUGAUAGUUUCUUCUUGUUAAGAUAAUAAUUCAUUUGAUAUAAAUUUGCCAAAAAAGAAGGGAAAAUAAAAACCGGUUGGUUUUUCGGAGCAGUGAAGAAGGAAGAAAGAGAUAUAGAGCGUGUGCAGCGGUAGCGUCGUCGGAUUUAGUACCUCAAAACUACAGUAGAAAGAAAGAAAGAAAGAAGGAAGGAAGGAAGGAAAGGGAGUGAGGAAUCGUCGCAUAAAACGAAAAGAAUACAGAAAGCGUGACGCCUCCGGGAAAUUGUUAAUUAUUAUAUUGCAAAGAGCCCAAGAGUAUUAUAUUUGAGGUAUAUAUAAUAAUAACUGUAUCAAACAGAGAAAAGGGAUACUAAAGUAAAAUGGCGGAAGAGAAGACUGAAACUAGCCCAACAGUUGAGGGUGACAAAAAGCCUCAGGAGCCGACCACUCCCACUAAAAUUGAAGAGAAUGAAAAUGCUAAGGACAAUAAGGAAGUUGAGGAUAAGAAGAUUGAGGAGAAUGACGAGGAGAAACCCAAGGAGAACGGCGAAGAGAAACAAACCACCGAGACGAAGGACAUGCGUGCCAUCGUUCUCAACGGUUUUGGUGGGCUGAAAAGUGUCAAGGCCCUUAAGAAACCGGAGCCAAGCAUUGCCGAGGGUGAAGUACUCAUCAGAGUCAAAGCAUGUGGAUUAAACUUCCAAGAUGUGAUGACACGAAGGGGUGUUACCGACUCGACGCCGAAGCCACCGUUCAUCAUGGGUUCCGAGUGUGCUGGUGAUAUUGAGGCAGUCGGUGAAGGAGUGGAAAAUUUCCAAGUUGGUGAUCGUGUGGUCGCAUUGCCAGAACAUAAAGCAUGGGCGGAACUUGCUGCUGUUCCAGCUACAUCAGUCUUCAAGAUUCCUGAUAACAUGAGCUAUUUGGAUGCUGCAGCGAUUACAAUGAAUUACACUGUCGCUCAUAUCCUCCUCUUUGAUGUUGCUUGUCUCACUCCAGGGAAAAGUCUUCUUGUUCACAGUGCUGGAGGUGGAGUUGGUCAAGCUGUCAUCCAAUUGGCCAAAACUGUCAAAGAUGUGACAAUUUUUGGUGUCUGUGGAAAACUCAAGCAUGAAGAACUCAGGGCCCAAAAUACCAUCGAUCAUCUUCUUGAACGUGGAACUGAUUAUUCCAGUGAAGUUAGAAAAAUUUCACCUGAAGGCGUCGAUAUUGUUUUGGAUUGUCUCUACGGCGAGGAAUGCAACAAGGGUUAUUCUCUACUCAAACCGAUGGGAAAAUACGUUUUAUAUGGAUCAAGUAAUCUCGUUACUGGUGAAACAAAGAGUUUCUUCUCUGUUGCUAAAUCUUGGUGGCAAGUUGAUAAAGUCGCCCCAAUCAAGCUCUUUGAUGAAAAUAAGACAAUCUCAGGCUUCAAUCUUCGUCAUCUGAUGCAUCGUCAAGGAGGCCACGAUUUCGUAAAGAGGGCAAUUGAUCAAGUAUUUGCACUGUGGAAUACAGGUGCUGUUAAGCCUAAAAUUGAUUCUACGUGGGCCUUGGAGGAAGUAACUGAGGCGAUGCAGAGGAUGCACGAUCGAAAGAACAUUGGAAAAAUUGUAUUGGACCCAAGCCUUGAGCCGAAACCGAAGCCAGCUACACCAGCCAAAGGUAAAGCUAAAGAGAAAAAAAAUGCCAGUCAGGAGGAGAAAAAAACAUCGAGUGUAGAGUCUGAGGAGAACAAUGAAAAGAAGAAAGAGCCUGAACUGACUAAUGGAACAUCUGAGGACAAAUCAGAUUGUGAUUCUAAGGAAAAAGAAUCAAGUUGAAUUGACCAUUUAAAGUAAAUUUAAUAUAAUAUACUGACAGAAAAUGGGAGAGAAAAAAAAAGCAAAACACAAUCGCGAAAAAAAGAUUCUAGAUAUUAACAUCUUUACAAUUAUUAGUACAUACUCCUACAGUUACUCCAUCAUUAUAUAAGAACUAUGAGAAAGUGAGCCUCGGAAGGAAAAAUCGUCCAUUCAUAUUAUUGAAUAAAACUGGCCAUGAGUCGAGUUUUUAUGGGCGAGGCGAUUAAUUCAUUCGAUCGCAAUGGCUUGCAGAUGAAGGAAGAAAAUUUUUCGACUCUCUGGAUUAUUUGGCGUAUAUAGGUAUUAUACUUGUGAAAAUGACAAAAUAACGAUGAAAAAUUUCUUUAAUCAAAAAUAAAGGGAAAUGAAGUAAUGAAUGAAUGAAUGAAUGAAUGGAGUAAAAUCAUCCAAACUAUAUAUCAAUUUUAACGCGGUCCACAGUAGUUUGCAGUAAAUGGAAAAUGAAUAUUAAUUUUAUUUUUAAUACCUGAUGACCGAAAAUAUAUGAGUUAAUGUUGCAUAUGGAGACGAGUGAAACGAAUUAUCUAUUUAACACCUGAUGAUGAAAAGAAGAUGGGACGAAUAAUAAAGGGAUAACAGAAACAAGAAAAAAAACUGCACAUCUAUUUCUAAUAAUACCGCUAAUUGCUACAUAUAAAUUAACUAUAUCAAACAUCUACACAAUACAAAGAAAAAGAAAAAAAAGAUAAAUCCUUGCUAAUUGUUAUGUCUGCUCUGUGUAAUGAUUGCUAUCUGCUGCUACCGAAAUGCAAGGCCAUAAUUAGUUUUUACUUAUAAAAUAAACAUUUCUCAGAUGCAAAAAAGUGCGUUGUGAUAAUAAUUUUUUGGUAACCUAAACAAUUUACAAACUAAUGUAACUUUCUAUGUAAAUUCAGAGUCGAUAAACUUGUAAAUUUAUUGAGUACAAAAUAACAAAUGAUUCCACUGUGAGAUUUAUCUCCAUAAUUGUGGAAAAAGUAAAAUUUGCCUUUUUUUCUUUUUUAUUUUUUGCAUAAAAAAUAAAUAUUUGAUACUUUUUACAACUUUAAAAAACGAGAUUACUUAUUUUUACAAUUUUUCAUCAACAUAUUGAGUGACAAAUAUGCAUAUCUUGGAAUGAAACAAGCGAAACAAAUACUUUUUUUACGUGAAUUUUUCUAACAAGCCAUUUGUAUUCGACACUCGGUACUCUCGCUUGUUUCACAGCAAUAAUAAUAUUAAAAAUAAUAUAAUACUUAUAAUAAUAAUAAUAAUAAUAAUAAUAAUAAUAAUAACAGUAAAAAGUACUACUAAUGAUAAUAUAAAACACUAAUAAUAACAAUAAUAAUAAUAUUAAUUAUUGUUAUUAUAAUCAAAUACUAUUCAUCAUCGGAUCAACUGCCUAAUAGUGAAAACAAACUAUGGAAACAAGCAUUUUAUUACAUAGCUAAGAGUAAUAAUGAUAAUUUGCGAUAUACUAUACAUUUUAUAACUCGAAAAUACUCAAAACCUGAAAAAUACAUCGAAUUUCAGACAUGAGUAAUAAUAAUGUAUAUUUUAGGCAAGGCUUUGAAUGUUUCGACAAAUACCUACUCUACCAUAUUGUAAUGUAUCUAUAUAUAUAUUUAUAAUGAUCAUACUCCCGUCACGAAAAAAUUUCAUUUCUUUUCCAGAAAUAACUUUUGCAAUGAACAUGCGAUUUAUUGAUUUAGCAUUUCCAACUCUAUUAUCUCAUGACCUCAGGAAAAAUAAAUCUCAAAUUGCAUAUGGCAACAAACUACACCACAUUGAGUGAGUGUUUCUACACGAUACAUUCAAAUAUUACUAUACGCUAUAUUCCCAGUUUAUUUUUUAUCACGUAUAUGAUAUCAAACAUUGCGUGGAGGUUCUGGGAAUAGAAGCGUGUAUGGAAUGACUAAUUAGGUGAAAUAAAUGAGAAAAACAAAUGAAGAAAAAUAUAUUAAUUAUAAUGAUGAUGAUGAUUACAAUAAUAAUAUUCAUAAUCGUAUGAAUAGGAGAAAGCAAGCAUGCAAUUUUAUUUUCGUCAUCUGAUAAGGACAUUUAAUAAUGAUGUGCAGUUAGUAAAAGUUGAUCAUAUACAACUAGAUGUUAAGGUGAGAAAUUAUUUGAAUAUUACUGAUUAAUUGCACUUUUCUAUAGUAAGCAAAGUUUCUAUUGAUUCAAAAAUUUAUUAGUUGUAUCAAUUAUCUUAUCGUUUAAAUGUACAAAAUAACACAUUGAUUUGGAUAUGGCUUUCAUCAUAUAUAAGAAAAUCCAUGUAGCCGUGUUACUUUGGAGCAUUUCAACGAUGAUGAAUAGAAGCCACACAUACACACA